CGACCAUCAAGCAUGGAAGCUGUUGAAGCAUUCAUGAUUCAACAUUACCAUGUCGCGCACUUGGAACCUCCGCAUCAAGCAACUUGACGUAGCCAUGGAAGGGAGAGCACAAGCGCAGAAGAGGCGGUCAUCCUUGCACACCAUGGAUGCAGAAAGCUUGGAAACGGCUGGCGCGGCACCCACACAGGCUUACUUGGAGCAGCCCUCUUCACAUGUAUCGGAGCGUGCAGAUCAGCUCGGCAGUACUGAUGAUGGGAGGAAGUUGUCUGCUCCGAAAGCGGCAGCAAUAGUGCGGCGCCCGCCAUCUUCAGCAGGUGCUAUGCUGGAUAUCUCCACCUUCCUGCGCUCCAUCCAAGCGGGCGUCACAAUCCAACAAGAUCGAGCGUCGGCUCCUUGGAGCGACAAGAAAGCAGCUAGCAGCAAUGCGACUGCAAUGCCAGCGCUGCCUAUCAGUGCCACGCGCGACCUCAUCUCUGCGCAAAUCGAGAAUGUCCAAAACUCAAUGCGCGGGACGAUCCAACAGCGCCUGGAGGAGUUCCGCAGGCAGGCGCAUCAGGCAAAGGCUUUGCCGCUUCGGAUUGAAGAGCUGCAAUCACGUGUGCUCGAGGUCAGAAGCAAGAUUCGACAGCAAGGAUUGAGAGCUGGCAUGGAACAAAUCCCAGAUGGAGAAAUCGCGCUGUCCGAAAAGACAACGCAAGCGGCGACCAGACAUGCCGCGGUCCUCAACAAAGUGCAACAGAGUCGGUCCCUCAUGCAGCUUGCUGAGCGUCUCCUCCCUGCUCUAGAAGCAACCGAAGCCAUCGAACUCGACCUCGCGCAUGGACGGUUACAUCAAGCGCAUACAUCCUCCUUGCCGCGUGCGAAGGAAGCACUGAAGCUGGUCACUUCUUCCAUUGGAGUGUCUGGAACCGGUGAUGAGCAAAAGAAGGCAGACGCCGAUUGGUCAUGGCUUAUGGAUCCGGCACCGAAAGGGUUGCGCGAGGCCCGUGUGCUCCGAGGCAGAGUGAUACUCGCGGAGGAAACGGCCGAGGCGCUGCUGCAUGAGGCGUGGGCACGAGCUGUGCAGAUCCGCAAAGGCGGUGUGGAGGUAUUUCGCUCCGUUCACGCUGCUUGGGUCAGUGGAGCGGCUCCGGCGCAAGAAUCACCCCAGCAGGAAGAAGGGACUACCCUCAGAACCCUUCUGUUGCUGCUAGAAAGCAAGAAUCAGCUGGAUGGAAAACUUUCUGCUCUGAUCGAAGAGCUCCGCAGCAAAAUUCUUCACGAUCUAGAGCCAACCUUGCCCUUGUCCUCGACAACGUUGUCUUCUUUGGCAAGCGUAGCGGGUACUCACCCUGAAGCCUCGGAAGACUUGAAGGUGAACGGUAGCAACGCGGUGACCUUCGCGAUGAAUCUUUCCACUCGGUCCCCAGCGGAGCUAGCGCAUCAACUUGUCUCCCUGGUCAUCUUCCUGACCUCUCCAACAGGUAGUCCACUCGCAGAGGAAUGCAAUGACUGGGCAGUGUCACAACGCGUCUCAGGUUUCAGAGCGCAAGUCAUUAACGUCACCAUGCCCAUCAUCGCUCAGCUGCUGGAACGCGCCCUUCCGACUACGCUCUCAGCCGAAGAGUUGCAGAAGAGCCUUCAGUCUGUCGAACAAGUCGCACAGACCGCUCUGGAAUUGUUCGACCAGCUGAUCGACGCAGGGUUUUCCAACAAGUGCGGACGCACGGGAGACUUGGAUGAAGCGCCUGCCAACAACAUCGAUGACGACGACGACGACCCCUCCAACCCCCAUAUUCUCUUGCGCUUCGCCAAGCACGCCAAACAAAGGUACUUCAAGCGUGCUCUGCAAGUAGCGCUACACGAAGUGCGUGAAAAGCUACUGGAAGACAACUGGGCAGUUACGCAAGUGGUCGAAUUGCGGCAUUCCAUCCCAAUUCCUGUGCUCCAGAAGGAGCCAGAGCCAUAUACGCCAUUCGUGAACGCCUCAGAAGAGACGCCUACCCCUCCUUCUGGGUUGAGCUCUACCACGCUAGGGUUGGAGCCUGCACAAGUUGCCGCCGCCAACAAGCAGGGGCGGCCGAGCGCCUUGCAGCCGGCCCCGACUGCGCUUAUUGGACGUGUAGCCGCAACGGCGACGAGCAGGAUGAAAUCGAGCUCGGACGAUGGUGCCGCUGCAGCAGCAAUAGCAGCUGGUGCAAGCAAGAAACCGAAAGGAAAAGCGGCACUCGGAGCAGCGCGCAUCGUCAAGCCGAAGGACCAGCUGGGCAGUGGGCCGUGGGAUCUUGAUGGAUCAGGCCUGGACGACCUGGUCCGCCCCGCGGCAGAGGUUGCGAGUCAGACACCAGUUGUUCCAGAUGCAGCAGAAGAUGAUGCCUGGGACCUGGACGAAGGCGUACCUGUCCUUGCCCAGGUGUUUUCGCCUUCGCCUGUUCACCAUUCGAAUUCAGCUUCAAGUGGCCAGGAGCACCCCGCUGCCGCAAAUGACGAAGAUGAUGCGUGGUUCGGCGACGACGAUGCAGUACCCGAACCCACAACUGCUUUGGCACCGGUUUCGGCAAGCGCUGCUGCUGCGACGCAUACCACCCCUAACGCCAGCUUCGACGAGGCGGAGAUUGACGAUGGUGCCUGGGGCUUGAGCGAAGAAGAGAUCGCAGCGAAGCGCGCUAGCAGGCUGGGCAUUCCUACAGGCUUUGAUUUGCAAGCAUUUGCCAAGCAGGAAGGUCUACCAUCCCUUUUGCAGGAACCAAGGCCAGCAUCAGAGCCAACACCACCGCCCGAAAUAGGGGCGCAGUCCGAAAAUGACCCAGCGCCACCCAGCACCACGCCAUCACUGCAAGCCGCCUCGGUGUACUCCACUUCUCGGCCGUCGCUCGAACUCAUGCAAGAAGAGGAAAUCGAUGAUGAUGCGUGGGGUUUGAGCUCGGAAGAGAUCGCGGCAAGGCGGGCGAGCAGAAUAGGCUUGGCGGUAGGCUUGGACUUUAGCAAAGUGCAACAGACGCCAGUUCUAAACGUGUGGCAGGAGGAUGUGGAUGCUCCCUCUGAAGUGCAAAGCUCUUACCCUGCUCCGGCAGCCGACCCUGCCGAGGACAGAGUACCAUCGUCUGCGGUACAUCCCCAUGCUGAGAAAGAAGACAUUGAUGAUGACGCCUGGGGUCUCAGUGAAGAAGAAAUCGCCAAGAGGGCGAGUAUGCUGGGGCAACCGAUUGGCUUCGACAUCAAUAAAUUCGCCAAGACGGAAGGCCUGCAACGUAUUGCAGAACAGGAUGCGUCGGAAGCUCAGCGUGCCGUGGCACCUACAACGCGAACUACUGGCCAAGGGACUGCAGAAAAUGCGAUCUCAGAUUCGAUACCGCCAGCAUUGUCAGCAUCGGGUUCGCACGCUCUAGCCGAGGAACCCCUCCAUGAAUCUUUAGCCGAAUCACUAGCUGCGUCGGCACCACAGCCUGUGCAACCCGCAGAUCCAGAAAAUGUUGACGAAGACGAUAUUGAUGAUGACGCCUGGGGACUGAGCGCUGCGGAGAUUGCGGCGAAACGUGCAAGCAUGCUUGGAAUGCCGGCUGACUUCGACAUCAAGGCCGUGCAUGAACAGCAACUUCAAAGUAUUACAACGCCGCCUUCCGCAGUGAUAUUGGAACCCACCAUCGCAACACUGAGUGCCUCUUCUCUCGUGAUUGAGAGUGGCAAGCUUGGCUUUCACAACGAUGAUGCAUGGGAUCUCAGCGCUGCAGAGGCGGUUGCGAAAAAGGAAAGCCAAAUCCUACCUCUGCAAGAGCUAGGCCCCAGUGCUGGCAAUGCUCCCGAUCAGAUCCAGCAUGCUCAACCUAACGACACUGAUCUUGGAGCUACAGCCCUUGCAGCGACCCAUGCUGCUUCACGUCAGGCGGAGGAGCUCUCGGGCGAACAAAAUGGAGCACGCACUGCAUCCAGUACGGACGCGAUUGAGCAAAUUGUGCCGGUUGCAGAACCUCGGAGUGAGGCUUCAGCCGUACACUCGGCGCCAGCGACGGAACCCCAAGCGGAGGCUGGCGUGGCUGAUGCACCUGCUGCUGCUUCGAGCGCGGGUCCUGAUGUCGAAGUUGGGAUUGUAGAUGCAUUGGCAGAGUACUCGCGGGAUAAUUUUUCGUCUCUGGACGAUAAGCCGCAAGACGCGCAGUUCGACGUCACAAGCGCUCCCGUAUUCCCUGUGAUCAAUAGAUCGGCACCGGACGAAGCCACCUCCGCUAUUUCAGCAGACUCCCACGAUGGACACCUUCGCAACAAAACGCGAGCUGUCGCCGCCUCUGCUUCAAUCAAACCUACUCCUCCAAAGGCUUUGCACACAGAUGCUCAAAUGGAGGACACAAAGCCACUGCAGCGUGAACCUCUCAUCGACCAGGGGGGCUCAGCGCCUGCGACCAUCCCCAGGCGCCAAGUUAUCCAUGAGCACCAGGGUAGAGAAUCGGGUGAGGCAGCCUCACGGUCGGUGACGCCGCCGGUGCAGCCGGCGGAUGUUGACAAUGACGCUUGGGAUGUCGCUCCUCCGUUAGCUCCGACUGCUGAACCUGGCACCCCUUUGGCGAAGGACAACGACAUGCAUGGAUCUUCACCACUUCAACAGUCCGCUCCCAAUGGACAACGCAGCAGCAACCAGAGCGCUUCGGUGCGCGCGCUUGAGUCGCUCCCUGUUGAGGAGGACGAUACGGAGGCUUGGGGCUGGGAUGACGAUGCGGAUGCGCCACACGGCGGCGCCGAAGCGGCUCACACCACAGAGGACCCGUCGGUGAUUGCGGAAAAGUGCUCCGUGUCACAGCGGACGAUUGAUUUGCUUCAGCAUGUUGAAAGCCUGCUUGAGCUCGUUGGCUUCAUCGCAGACGAGCUGUCUGCACAGAGUUGGAAAACAAGGCCUGCGGACAUGCUCUUAGAAGCAGCACUUGAUGAGAUCGAUCUGCAUAAUGGCAUCAUGCCCUCAACGCAUUCAGAAGUUCUCACUUCGGUUCCAUCUCUUGCGAUUCAAUUCGCGAACGACUGCUCCUUCAUUGCGCAGCAGCUGCAAAUUCUGCACGAGAAGAUCACCGUGGACCUGCAGGAGAAGGCGAGUGCAGAAUUCCACAAGCGCGCCGCUCUCACCAAUUUGCUCGGGAAACAGUGUUUCGAAGCGCAAAUGGUUGCACAGGAAACGAUCCUCGAGCAAAGCCUGGCCGAGGCCGAUGGCUUCAGUGGCACGAAUGACCCAUCACGAUAUGCACUUGCAGAGCGGGCGGUCAAGCAGGUCCUGCACGUACUGAGGACGCUUGCGGCCACUUGGUCCCGAAUCAUGACACGGACCGCUUUCCUUGCCGCCAUGGGUCGACUCAUCGACGGUGUGCUUUUACGCCUGCUGGAGUACAUUGAAGACCUUGAGGAUAUUUCUGAGGUGGAGAGCGAUAAGCUUGCCGUCCUCUGCAAGAUGUUUGGCCCCUUGGAGGAGAUCUUUGUCGACGAGAGCACCCAGCAAACGAGUGUCGCGCUGUUCGUACCAUCUUGGUUCAAAGCGUCAUACCUGUCGGAGAUUUUGACAGGUUCGCUGGUGGAUAUCGAGUUCCUCUUCUUUGAAGCAGGCGCCCUUGUUGAUUACUCCAAGGCGGAGCUGUCGAAGCUUAUCAAAGCGCUGUUUUCUGACUCGUCCAACCGUGCCAAGUUGCUGCAUCACAUCGAAGUGGCAUGAGGGCACAUGUAUUACAAUGCAGGCUGUGCUGCAGCGGCCACCAUCCCACCUCCAGCAUUUCAGCUGUAGACAAAGUAGUUCUCGC